AUGAAGUUCACCAACACUGUUGCCGCACUGGCGACUGCUGGUCUUGCGACUGCACACGGCCAUGGACAUGCGCACCACCACAAGCGCGCCGCUGAGACUGAGACUGUUUCAGUCCCAGGCCCCGUUGUGUACGACUUCGUGGUGAUGGACCCAUCCAAGUCCGGAUCCCCUGAGGCUAUCAGCGUCGACGAUGCGUGCAAGGGUCUUGCCGAGCACAAGUUCGAAUGGCUCGAUGGCGCUGUCGCCGCUGCCUGCCCUUCCUCCACCAGCAGCACGAGCACACCCACCCCAUCCUCCACCUCCACGUCGACCCCGGCCCCGACGUCCACAAUCGCUCCUGCUAUCCUCCAAGAGACUGCUGCUGCCAUCACCCCUGCCAGCUCCACCAGCACCGCGGAGCCCACUACCAGCUCUACCAGCUCCGCCACCAAGGCUGCCGCUACCACCAGCUCUUCUAGCUCCAGCAGCUCCGGUGCCACCGGUCUUGAGGCCGACUUCCCUGAUGGAGAGAUCGACUGUGGUACAUUCCCCUCGGAGUAUGGUGCUCUCGCCCUUGACUACCUCGGCCUCGGUGGUUACUCUGGUAUCCAGUAUGUCACUCUGAUCGAUGACCUGGUCAGCGACAUUGUCACCGCUGUCACUGGUGAUGAGUGCCACAACGGUGCCAUGUGCUCGUACGCUUGCCCUGCUGGUUACCAGAAGUCGCAAUGGCCCACUACCCAGGGAUCCACCGGCCAGUCCGUCGGUGGUCUUCAGUGCAAGAACGGCAAGCUCCACCUGACCAACUCCAAGCACAAGCAGCUCUGUAUCCCCGGUGUCGGUGGUGUCCACGUCAAGAACAAGAUGUCCACUGAUGUCGCUGUUUGCCGUACUGACUACCCCGGUACCGAGUCUGAGACCGUUCCUCUCUCCGCCUCCUCUGGCAACACUCACCCCUUGACUUGCCCCGAUGGCGACUCCUACUUCAACUGGGAAGGCAAGGCUACCUCUGCCCAGUACUACGUUAACCCCAAGGGUGUUUCCACUGAGAAGGGUUGCCAGUGGGGUGAUGGCUCCGAGCCCAUCGGUAACUGGGCUCCCAUCAACCUGGGUGUCGGCUACACCAGCUCCGGAAAGUUCCUUUCCAUCUUCCCCAACACCCCGACCACCACCAAGAAGCUUGACUUCAAUGUUAAGCUCGUCGGAGACAACCUCAGCGAUGAGUGCCGCUACGAGGAUGGCACUUUCUACGACUCCAACGGCGCCAUCAGCGGCAACAGCGGUUGCACCGUCGGUGUCACCUCUGGCAACGCCUACUACGUCUUCUACGAGUAA